GCAGAUGUCUAUGGUAAUAAGGUCAUACAGCUUGAGGAACGUAUGAAGAAUCUUGAGCAGAUGGAAAACAAGAUGAAGAGAAGCAUUGUUGAGUGUUUCUUGGAGAGGAAGAAAGCAAAAGAUGAUGGGUCUCGGGUCCAAACACUCGAGAAACGGGUUAACUACCUUGAGGCGGUGGACUCCAGCUCCAGGCUGGAUUGUCUGACUCUGAAGUCGAAAUCUGGGGGUGUUUCCUUGGAGAAGAAGAAGGUAGAUGAUGCUGAUGCGUCUAGGGUCCAACAACUGGAGGAAAACCUCAAGAAUCUUGAGGAGAUUGUGUCCGAUCUCAAAGUGAAACUGGACGAGGGGAAGGAAAAAUCCUCUUCUGAUGGAUUUCUGAUGGUAGACGAGGAGGAGGUAGCUUGA